GCUUACAGUCUGAGGUUGUGUCAGGGAGCCUCUAAGGGGAAGAGUGCAAUUUGUGUCAACUCCUGCUGAGCCACUCCUUCCGCAUGGCUCCUGCACCUUCCCCGACUGCUGCCUGAUCGCUUCUCUCAGCCAUCCAUCCUUCCCUCCCAUCAUCUCUCUGUGGCAUGAACCUGAUCCAGCAGAAGCAUCCAUGGCUCUUCUGCUCACCUUGCUUCUCAGCUUCAUCAAGCUGGGGUCAGCACUGAGUUCAACUCCUCUUAUUUCCAUCAUGGGAUAUGUUGAUGGAGGCAUCGAGCUCCUCUGCCAGUCCUCAGUUUGGUUAUCCCAGCCCAUAGUAAAAUGGAAAGGUCCACAGGGACAUGAUUUAUCUUCAGAUUCCAAGAUAACUGCAAAUAGACAUGGCCUCUUUGAUGUGGAGUCCUUCUUCAUAGUCCAAGAGAAUUCUGGGAGCAUAUCAUGCUUCAUCCAGCUCCCCAACCAGAGCCAAAGAAUAGAAUCUAGAAUAUGGAUAAGAGAGACUUUUUUCCAGCUUUCAUCUUGGCACCUGGCUUCCAUUGCUUUGGGGUUACUCUGUUUUAUUUUAAGUGUUGGUAUCAUUGCAGUGAAGAUGUUUUCUUCCAAAUAUAUGAGAAAUAACUUGAAAGAACUGGAAUGGAGAAAGAAGCAAUCAGAGGCAGAAUUGACACAGCACCAGAAAUAUGCAGUGGAAGUGACUCUGGACCCAGACACAGCUCACCCGCAGCUCUACAUUUCAGAUCUGAAAUCGGUAAUAUUUAAUGAAGCUCCUCAGGAUGUUCCCUACAUGGAGAAGAGAUUUUUGAGGAAGUGUGUGGUAGCCUCUCAAGGCUUUGAAACAGGGAAACAUUACUGGGAAGUAGAUGUGGGAGACAAUGAAAGUUGGUGCUUGGGAGUCUGCCAGGAUAAUGUGCACAGGAAUCAGUAUGAGACUUAUUCUUCCAACAAUGGGUACUGGGUUCUUGAACUAAAGGAAGGACAUAAGUAUUUUAUAUUAGAUCCCCAAAGAGUCAGCAUCUUCCCCAGGAAACCCCUAACAAAAGUGGGGGUCUUCCUGGACUGUGAAGGUAGAACCAUCUCUUUCUUUAAUGUAGAUGAUAAGUCCCUAAUUUAUACUCUGACACAUCAGUUUGAAGGCUUAUUGAGGCCAUAUAUCAAGCCUCCAUCUUAUAUUGAGAAAAAUAGGGCACCCAUAGUUAUUUGUCCUGUUACUCAGCGGCCUGAGAGAGAAUCUAUUUCCCAAGAUAAGCUCACAUCCCCAAAUACAGACAACGAAAAUUCCUCCCCAGAAGCAACCAUUCCCUUUCUUUCCAGGAAUGAUUGCUAGAGAAAAUCACACUUCAAAUCCCCCUUUAGGCUACUAAGAUUUAUCUCUGGUAUCAAAACCCUCAAGAAGCAUUAGUGAUGGUUUCUAAAUGAAGAGAACUGGCCCCUCCAUUUGAGUACCAUGUGUCAUGGCCAACCUAAGAUGGACAGGAAAGAAAGUUACCAUUGUGUUUAAUGUCUGACAGUGUCAUCAAGCUAAGUGAUGAUGGACAGGUAACAACCUUUCAGGCUCUUUAGCAGUUAGAACAGUGAUCAACCUCAGUUGUCAUAGUGAAGAUUAAUGGGAUAAUGAGUGUGAAUCAUAAUUUCAUCUUCCUGAAAGCUCAACUGCUUUGCUGAUGAUGUUCUUUAUAAGUCACUGAGGGGGUUUGGUUCCAGGCCACUGUCAACAAAGCAAAUAUUGCUAUACAGCACAUAAUAUGAAGCUUAUGUGUGUAGACAUUACAUAUAAAUGUUACAUUUCUACUGUAUUGUGUUGUGUUAAGUGUGCAAUAUCAUUAUGUUUAAGAAAACAAUGUACAUGCUUUAAUUAAAUGUAAUUUAUAGCUAAAAAUGCUGACAAUCCUCUGGGCCUUCUGUGAGUCAUAGUGAUUUUUGCUGGUGGAAUAUCUUGCCUUGAUAUCGAUGGCUGCUGACUGCUCAGGGAAAAUUAACUAAUGAGCAACUUGUAAUGCCCACCUGAACUGAAUGAGAGUGGUUCUGGGUGUGGAAGGCCCACCUGAGGAUUGUUGUCAACAACAUAAAAGAAUAAGUGGAAGGGAAGAUGGUGCUGUUGAUUUUCCUGGAGAAGCUUAUCAUGAUGGUUUUCCUGAUAAGAACUUGGAUG